GAUUAUUGCACAAACCAAAUUAAGGAGUAGAUAACAGACAAUUUCAUCACCUUCAUCAUCCUGUAUUCUCGUUCACACAUUCUUAUCAUCACAUUUUUUUAGCUCCCCCGCGUCUGCAAUUUCAUACCCACACACACACCGGGUAACCGUGUGAGUCACCCACAAACAUCUAAGCCCUCUUUCCUUCCGUUUUUUGCUUUGUUUCCAUUGAUGUUACACCUUCUCCUUCCUCCCUCUUUCUCUCCAUUUUUUGUAUAUAUUGGGACUGUUUAGUACUAUGGUGAAAGGAAUCAAUUUUGAAGCAAAUCAAUCGUAAAAACCACACGCUCUCCAGGGUUUUAGGGAAGAAGCGAAUUCUUUCUCGUGAAAUGGCUGAUGCAGUUUGCAAUUCUCAACGAUUUUCUUAUUCAUUCUUAACUUCACUCUCUUCCUCUUUGAAUUCUUGUCACCGGGCUCUUCCCCCAAAUCAAACACGUUUGCAGAAAAGUGGAGUUUCUGUUUCUGAAUUUUGCUCUGUUAGUGGUGGCGCUUCGAUUGCCUUCAAACGCCGCAGGAAACUUGGGAAAUUUAAGGUAUGUGCAACCGUUACCGAAACUGAGCCACCCAAAUGGUGGGAAAGAAGUGCUGGACCGAACAUGAUUGAUAUUCACUCAACACAUGAAUUUUUAACUGCCUUGAGUGAGGCUGGAGAAAGGCUGGUUAUAGUUGAGUUCUAUGGUACAUGGUGUGCUUCUUGUAAAGCAUUAUUCCCUAAGCUUUGCAGAACAGCACAGGAGCAUCCAGAGAUCUUGUUCUUGAAAGUCAAUUUUGAUGAGAACAAGCCCAUGUGCAAGAGUUUGAAUGUCAAGGUUCUUCCAUAUUUCCACUUCUACCGUGGAGCAGAUGGACAGCUCGAAUCCUUCUCUUGUUCCCUUGCAAAAUUUCAGAAGAUUAAAGAUGCCAUAUCGCUGCAUAACACGGAUCGUUGCAGCAUUGGCCCUCCUAGAGGUAUCGGAGACCUAAACCUCGAAGGCCUCACUUCUUCAAAAGACAAGCUAUCAGAGUCACCUGCAACUUAGAAGUAAUUGUUUUACAACAGCAUUUUUAUGUUGUGCUACUGGUCCCCACUGUAGUUGGUAAAUUUUAUGUAUUGUCUAUAAUAGCAAUAUUUUUACUGAAGCAAAACUGAAAUAUGUGUCUCCCAACUUUCCCAACUA